AUGAGCUCCUUCAUCGACUGGUCUAAGACCACCCGGUCCAAGAACUACCAUGGAUCUGGUUCUUUUGCGACCUUUAUGAUCAUCGCCCCCGUCUGCUUCUUCCUCGGCGUCCUUUUCGCUUCCUUCCCCUACGACUUUCCUCUUCUCUGGACCAAGGCGCCCAUCCCCGACAACUUCUUUGAUCAUCUAGAGACGCAUUUGAAGUUUGUCCACCAAUCGCCGCCGCUCAUCAGCCGUAUCCUGCACAUCAUCAUCUCUGUCGGCUUCCUCGGCUUCUUCAUCAAGCUCUUCCGACCCAGCGAGGCCAACUUCCUCUUUGACGGCGCCUCUCUCAUUCUCUACCUCAUCGGCUUCGGUGUCUACGUUGCCAACAUUGUCAAGGCUCUGCGAAGCGUCAGCGCCGAGAUCUGGACCAACGAUGGCUUCGACGGCCAGACGCACGAGGGCGAGAAUGGCGAGCUCAUCCUUGGUCGUGAGGACAGCCUGAAGGUUCUCUCUGCUAGCAACACCAUCCUCGCCCUCGUCCUGGUCGGAAUUCUCGUUCUCCAGGCUGGUCAGUGGUAUGCCGAGAAGAAGGAGGUGGACGAUGCUGCCGCCGCUGCCGCUGCUGACGCCAAGGAGGCUGCUGCGAAGAAGGAGGGCUCUCCCAGCAAGGCCGCCACUAAGAAGAAGCAGUAG